UCCUCUAGUGUGUGUCAGCUCUUCUGUCCGGUUAUAACGCGCCGCUCCGCCGGGUUUCCCGGUUUGUUUUCUGUUCGCGGGUUCCGCUUGUAUUUCACAGCGGAUCGUCAGUCAGACAGCAGAACUGUGUCAGUGAGACAUGAAGCUGAAUAUGAUAUGAGUGCUGUGCGUGUAGUUAAUAAUGACGGGCUCAGCCUCUCCGACGCGCUGAGUUACUGACCGGUGACGGCGGGACCGCGGGCAGAGGCCGAGGAGGACAUGCUGGAGGCCGGAUCUGAUCUUCAACACAGCCGCCGCUCACCUGCACAGGUAGGGCUCCGGUACGAGUGUUAACUUCUACAGCGCUUUAUCAGUGUAGACCGAGUCAAAGAUCAGCAGAGAAUACAGCACAGCUCAUGCAGGACUGAUCAUCAAUGACGGUUUAUUAAGCACCACACGGUCCAGCUCCUCCAUCAGGUUCAGGAGUGAAGAUGAUUCCUGUCAACGAGUUCCGCAACAUCACAUCUGAGCAGAACCCACAGUUCCGGGUGCUGAAGCCCUGGUGGGACGUCCUGUCUGAGUAUCUGGGCAUCGCCAUGCUGAUGAUCGGGGUGUUCGGCUGCACACUCCAGCUGACUCAGGAUAAGAUCUCCUGCCUCCCGAACCGGCUGACGGAUCCCUCUGGAGGACACACUGACUGCAGCCACGUCCGGCAGCACAGGGACAACCAGAGCCUGUGGGAGUUCUCCAUCACCAAAUACAUCGGGCCCAACAUCGUGGAGGUGUUCGGCCGCAAGAACGGACUGGACAUCCACCAGUACGAGUUCGUCAACCACUUCUGCUACGAGCGCGCCGUGCACUGGUAUGGAAAAUACUUCCCGUACCUGGUGGUCAUCCACAGCAUGAUCUUCAUGGUGGCCAGCAGCUUCUGGUUCAAGUUUCCCGGCACGUCCUCCAAGAUCGAGCUGUUCGUGGUGAUCCUGCGGAAGUGCUUCGACUCGCCCUGGACCACCAGAGCCAUCAGCGAGGUGUCGGAGGAGCGCAUGGUGCUGUGGAGGAAAAACACUCAGAGUUCAGCCCCGGACGGCGGAGAUGAGGAGGACGUGCUGUCUCUGAUAAGAGCCUCCAUUAAGUCCGACUCCGAGCAGAAAUCCACAGAGCCGUCGCUCCUGGAUAAGAAGGAGGGUGAGCAGGCCAAGGCUCUGUUUGAGAAGGUCCGGAAGUUUCGCACACACGUGGAGGAGGCAGACCUGCUGUACCUCAUGUAUGUUCUGCAGACGGUGCUGAAGGUCUUCAAGUUUGUUCUGAUCACGGUUUACAGUGUCCUCUUGGUUCCCAACAUCCAGAUUGUGGUGCUGUGCUCGGUGCCUCCGGAUCUGACGGGCUUCAGCGCAUUCUGCUGCAACUACAACAAAGCGCAUCUCUUCUCCAAACUGGCGUACUGCUAUAUAAGCUUCGUCGGGGUGUACGGCCUGCUCUGCAUCUACUCGCUGUACUGGCUGUUCCACCGGCCGCUGAAGGAGUACUCCUUUGAGGCGGUCCGCUUGGAGACGGGAAUCAACGACAUUCCUGAUGUCAAAAAUGACUUUGCGUUUCUGCUGCACCUCAGCGACCAGUACGACGCGCUGUUCUCCAAGCGCUUCGCCAUCUUCUUGUCGGAGGUCAGCGAGAGCCGAUUACGGCAGCUGAACCUGAACCACGAGUGGACGGUCGGCAAACUGCGCAGCCGGCUGUCACACAACGCCCAUGAGCGGCUGGAGCUGCACCUGUUCAUGCUCCCGGGAUUACCAGAAACCGUCUUCGAGAUCCCCGAGGUGGAGUCACUCAAGCUGGAGCUGAUCAGCAACAUCACCAUCCCCAGCAGUGUAACGCAGCUCCCGGCCCUUGUGGAGCUCACUCUGAUCCACAGCCCAUGCAGACUGCAGCCUGCGGCGCUCGGGCACCUGCGGGACCAGCUAAAAGUGCUGCGUGUGGCCACUGAGAGCCAGGAGCUGCUGCCACUGUGGAUGUACACCUUACAGAACCUGGAGGAGCUGCACCUGAGCGGAGACCUGACCCUGGACUCCUUACGCGAGCUGAAGAACCUGCGAGUGCUGACGCUUCGCUGCAAGCUGACCAAGAUCCCGCCUGGUGUGAUGGAUGUGUCCCAGCAGCUGCUGCGGCUUUGUGUCCACAAUGAGGGCACUCGGCUGCAGGCGUUCAGCAGCCUGAAGAAGCUUGUGCGGCUGGCGGCUCUGGAGCUGACAGGCUGCGGUCUGGAGCGGAUCCCGAGUGCUGUCUUCAGCCUGUCGCACCUGCAGGAGCUGGACCUGAGGGAGAACAGGCUGAUGGCAGUGGAGGAGAUCCUGAGUCUGCAGCACUGCCGCCGCCUGGCCACGCUCCGACUCGGGCACAAUCGUAUCUCCUGCAUCCCAGAGCACAUCAGCCGGCUGCGGGCGCUGGAGACGCUGGAUGUCAGCUGGAACUCCCUGUGCCGGCUGCCCCCACGGCUCUGCUACUGCCCUCGGCUACGGCACCUGGACCUGUCACACAACCAGUUAGUGUCUCUGCCCUCUGAGAUCGGUGUCCUGCAGGGUCUGCAGUUCCUCUCCGUGGCCUUCAAUGCUCUGGAGUCGCUCCCAGAGGAGCUGUUUUCCUGUCGGCGGCUCCGCGUGCUGGCGCUGGGCAAUAACAGCAUUACGGCACUGUCCCCACGGGUGGGCAACCUGGCUCAGCUAGUGCGGCUGGAGCUAAAGGGGAACCGGCUGGAGGGUCUGCCGGUGGAGAUCGCUGACUGUCCUGCGCUCCAGCUGACCGGGGUGAUCGUGGAGGACAGUCUGAUGGAGCUGCUGCCCGCCGAGCUGAAGGACAGCAUGAAGAACAGAUGAACACACACCGCUGUUUUACACUGAGUGUGUCCUGAGUGAACGAGCAGUGGCUGAAGCUCAGCGGUGUGCAUAGAGGACUGAUCUCAGAACAGCUCUGUGAACUUUGACCUGACAGACUCGACAGACGGGAUCUUCACAGAGCGACUGAAGAAACAGUGCAUGACUGUUAGGGUGGGUCUGGAGAACUAGUUUGAGCGACUGCAGUUAGCCGGGGCUGCUCCACUGUUCAGCAUCAGAUUAGAGUCUGUGCUCAUCUAACUCCACUAAACCUCUGUAAAUAAAUGAAUGACUAACUAUAAGAUUAAUGCAGGCGUGCGCCAGCCAGAAGCCUACACAGCUCUAUUAUCCAACAGCACUACUGCAGGUACAGAUUCUCCACUGCUUCCAUAAGGGACUCACUUUCAGCAGGAACACCUCAGAUUAAUAAUACAGUCUAAUGAGAGUAGUCCUGUAGCUGCUGCAGUUUCCACAUCACCUCCGCAUCUGUACUGUCGUCAUGCAGCACGUUACACUCUUCAUGAUUUAUAGUGAUUAUUAAUAUUAUUAUUUUAACAUUCUCAUGAGAUAAAUGAGCUGUAGAUGGACGCUGAACACGCGUGUGACGGUCUGUUUCUCUACACACUCUGCACGUGUCCUUCAUCAAACACACAGUAAACCUGUGCCGGGUGUGUCGGAGCUCCAGCACUGUGAAGGAUCAUUAUCAGCAGAGUGUGUGUUUCCUGAUGGCGGGUGUGGUGUGUGUGUGUGUGUGUGUCUGCACGCUUCACCUUUAUCCCUGGGCAGAACAAUGUGUGAACACAUUCCUUUUCAUCUCACGUUAGAGAUCAUGAAAUCACCUGAGCUGUAAAUGUCAUGUGACUCUCGAGCAACAGGACAUGAAAACACAGAUUAGCUGGUGAACACACACACACACACACACACACACACCAACACAAACCCUUGACUAAUGCUCCUUUGAGUUGAGCAGCACAUUCAGAAGCUUCUGCUGGAGAUUCAUCAAAUAUUCCUGAAUAAAUUUGACUUGAUUAAAGUAUGAGCUUUACAUUUCAGAAUCCCAAUAUAAUUAUAAAUAUAUAUUUAAUAUCAACAUCUGCUGAAGCGCCCUCUGCUGGCAGAUCAGUCAUCUGUAUGAGCAGACACACACACUCCCCCCCCCCCGUCCCCAGAGUACUGAAGCAGGCCGUCUGUCAGUGUUCCUAGUGCAGCUCUUCAGGACUAAACUGCGGAGCAGAGAUGCUCAAGGUCGGCCCAUGGUAACUUGAUUUGGCCCACCAUCCCAUCUGAGAAGACUGAUGAGAAUGAUUUCGAUAUUGUCCACUUAAAUGUACUGCAACCCUUUGUUGAAAGCUAAGUGAGAUGAAAUGUUUCAAUGAAAUGGUGUAAAUGGAUCAGAUUUUGUUUAAAUGUAUACACGGUCACUAGAAUGUGUUGAGCAGAGGCAGAUUGUGCUGUAGUGUAUUCAGCAUUGAUCACUGAGUUAUAAAUGUUCAUGUUUUAUUGCUGAAGUUAUCAUUUAUAAAAGCUAAACUGCAUUACUUCAUUUGAUUUGAUGUAAUGUUUGCUGUUUAUUUUGAAAUAUUAGUCAAUAAAUGAGGAAAUUACCCAUG